CAUUCAUUAUCAUGGCAUUGGUCUCCUUAUUUGGAAUCAUUGGUUCACUUUUUGUUAGAAAUUGCGACUGCUGUUCGCGUCUUUGCUAAUAUGCUAUGGGGUUUUGUCAUAGUUAAUAUAAUUAUAGCUAUCAUUAUUAUAGUGAAUCUAGUUCAGAAUAGACAAUAUGAGAUUGAUAAUUGUAUCCAAACUUUACAAAAACAAUCGAAUGUAGAUACGUCACAACAAAGUGAUAUUUGUACACAUAGAGAGACCACACUUAUUGUACGAAACGUUGCUAUAGCAAUAUUAUUAAUACUGUUUAGCGUACUUUUCGCUAGAGUUUCAUCUGUUUAUGCACAAAAACUUGAAAUGCGUGUUAAGCAUUCUAGACGUCAAACACCAACUACUCUUGGAACACUUGCGAGUAUUUCUACUACAGAAAUUCCCAUUCGAUAA